GUUGAAUACAGAGGUGGGCCUACAUGUACUUCUUUACUGAUAGAGAGGCUCUGUACUUCGUAUAACCACGAGCCUUCACCCCCUUGAACUCUCCUUUAUCUGAGGGGUCUGGUUUUGGUACCAUCAGCAUAUAAACUGCAACCGGAACGGUCCAUACUAGUAGUUGAUAUAUUUUACUUCGAUUCAUGCAGUCUGAUAGAUACGGCUCUUCAAUACGAUAUGCUGAAUUUUGCUCAUUCCGGUGCCAAGAAAAGAGUUCCUGGUCAGAAGUUUGCUGGAGGUACUAAAGAUCUUAAUCACAACGUACCGGUAGCUCCGACAAAAGCUGCAGUCUCAGAUGAAACGUCUUCACGCACAAAGGUAAGCCAUGGUGCCAUUCUUCCACCAGCACCUGGUAAUCCUGGAAACACGAAGCCAAGACAAUCUGUUUGCGAUCUUCUGGAUGGACAUCAGCUAGAUUCUAUUGCCAAGGGAAUGAGGAACAACGAAAGGCUUCCAAAAAUGAAGAAAGGUGUCAAGAUUGCAGGACGACGACUAGGAAAGGGCAAGCCCAAAAGAAGACGGAAGGACAGCAGCGAGUCUGCGAAUGACGUCCCGCCGGUGACAGUUGCGUCGCGCAAGAAGACGAGUAGGUCUGGUAAAAUACCGUGCAGUCACCAGAGAGAUGAGGAUGUCCGUUCUUCCGACCUAGUACCGUCACAUCGUCAAGGUCAUCAACAGAAGAAGCGGCGCCGAAGACGAAGAAAGCACCCUCAUACCCAACCACCUCCACCAGAAGGUCAGAUCCGUCGGAACAAACUGCUUCACACUCUGGCAACAAACCCUUGUCGCUCGGACAGUCUAAUUGAGCACAAGAAGGCCGUUGAGAAACAAUUUGGUAGCCAUAGCACACAGCUCACAAAACCUCAGAUGAGGAUUCGAAAGAGGAGACGUUCGAACGCCGUCAAGGACCCGCAGAUGGAUUUUAAUUUAUGAAAAAUUGUAGUUUUUGUCUCGCCUGCAUAGCAGAGCGAAACUAUAGGCGCCGCUUUUCCGACGGCGACGGCGGCGGCGUCAACAUCAAAUCUUAACCUAAGGUUAAGUUUUUGAAAUUACAUCAUAAUUUAGAAAGUAUAUAGACCUAGUUCAUGAAACUUGGACAUAAGCUUAAUCAAGUAUUACUAAAUAUCCUGCCUGAGUUUCAGGUCACAUGACCAAGAUCAUAGGUCAUUUAGGGUCAAUGAACUUAGACCAUGUUGGGAGAAUUAUUUUCAAAAUCUUAACCGAAGGUUAAGUUUUUGAAAUGACAUCAUAACUUAGAAAGUAUAUGGACCUAGUUCAUGAAACUUGGACAUAAGGUUAAUCAAGUAUUAGUAAACAUCCUGUUCGAGUUUCAGGUCACGUGACCAAGGUCAAAGGUCAUUUAGGGUCAAUGAACUUUGGUCAAGUUGGGGGUAUUUGUUGAAUUACUAUCAUAACUUUGAACAUUUAUGGAUCUAUUUCAUGAAACUUGGACAUAAGGUUAAUCAAGUAUUAGUGAACAUCCUGCUUGAGUUUUACAUCACAUGACCAAGGUCAAAGGUCAUUUAGGGUCAAUGAACUUUGGCCAAGUUGGGGGUAUUUGUUGAAUUACCAUCAUAACUUUAAAAAUUUAUGGAUCUAGUUCAUGAAACUUAGACAUUAGGUUAAUCAAGUACCACUGAAUAUCCUGUGCGAGUUUCAGGUCACAUGACCAUGGUCAAUGGUCAUUUAAGGUCAAUGAACUUUGGCCGUGUUGGGGAUAUUUGUUAAAUUACCAUCCUAACUCUGAAAGUUUAUGGAUAUACUUCAUAAAACUUGGACAUAAGAGUAAUCAAGUAUCACUGAGCAUCCUGUACGAGUUUCAGGUCACAUGACCAUGGUCAAAGGUCAUUAAAGGUCAAUGAACUUUGGCCGUGUUAGGGGUAUUUGUUGAAUUACCAUCCUAACUGAAAGUUUAUGGAUCUAGUUCAUACAACUUGGGAUAUAAGAGUAAUCAAGUAUCACUGGACAUCCCCUGUGAGUUUUUAGGUCACAAAACCAAGGUCAAAGGUCAGUUAAGGUCAAUAAACUUAGGCCAUGUUGGGGUAAUUGUUGAAUUGCCAUCAUAACUUUGAAAGUUUAUGGAUAGAGUGAAUGAAAUGUGGACAUGGGUGUAAUUGACAAGUCUUAAGUCACCGUUCAAAUGUCAUUUAUGGUCAAUAGACGUGGUAUUAUGUCAUUAUAUGAAUGGUGUUUUUGUGAAUGAUUAUUUAAUAGUAGUUUUCAAAGUUAGCACUGCUGCUAUAUUAAAUCGCGUAAUGCAGGCGAGACUGCCAGAGGCGUUCCACUUGUUUUCCGAUAAGAAUACUGUUUAGUAUAAAGCGAACUUAGCCUAUGAAUGAUGUCGAUGUGUCCAUGUUUAAGUGCUUAAAGGGCCGGGGUCCGUCAUAUUGAGCGUUGUAUUCCAUUUAAAGGCAACCGCACUCCUUAUUACGACUGGCUCACGAUACGAUUUCUGAACUAAUUGCAAUUUGCUCUUUAAAAUAAGAUUUGAAUGAAAAGUACCGUAUUCUUUUUUUGAGGUUCAAAUUAAUUGAAAGGAUACUAAUAUGACAAUAUUUGAUGAACAAUUUUGGAGUAAAGGCUAAAUUAGUUCGCAGCCAAUCGUAUGAUUGGUAUGACGUCAUUACGAGUAGAUAUUACGUUCGCUUUGAUUCUAAUAAUGCUGAUAGCAUAUAGUCACAGAUUUGAACAUAUUUAUAUAUUUGUACAAUGAUUUAGAACAUUACACAGUAUUAUUCCAUGUCUCAAUACUAGCAGCGAAUUCUACUAGGUUUUAUUUCAAAACCGGGUCACAUGCAGACCAAUCGGAAGGUGUGCGGUUGCCCUUAGAUAUCUAAUGUACAUCUGUUUCUCAUAUAGAUUUUCGAUUUCUGAUAUUACGGUGCGUGUAUUAUGCAUGUACGUCUUGAAGCUAAUAUGUCAAUUUGUAUGGAUAUUGGUUUAUUUUAGAUUUGUAGAAAUUAUCAAUUAAGUAUAGUAUAAUUAUGGGUAAAAUUCAGAAUGUUAUUGAAAGUCGGGAUCCUACAAAAUUAAGAUGAAUUUGAUUUUCUCACUAGUAGUGUAAGAUUGGCAUGUAUUACAGACCAACUAAAUUCUUUAUUGAACCUUUUUCGCUUUUUUGCUCACCGAAUCGUUUGUUAGACAUGCAGAAUUCUCAUAUUUUUUCAGGAAAAUAUAUUCAAGAUUUUUAUUGUACAACUAUAGGAAUGAACAAUAUCAAAAUUAAAGCGAAAUCAGAGGGAAUCAGUAUGCCCUGUGCAUUUCGUUUCAUUGCUUUCAAAUGUUUAUUGUUCUUUUGUAUUUAGUAUUUUCUGUAUAAAACAUAUGCAGUAAUCUUCAUGAAGAAAUGACAUGUUUUUUUUUCUUAUUUUAUUGUGUUUAGCAUUUGACAUGCUAUAUCAAAAGUUUGUUAGUUUGUUGUUCCAAAUACAAAUCCAUUCCAGUGAUAUCUGUUUGAAAUGUGUGCAGUUUUUCAAUCGACAUGAUUUUUGUUUUGUUUCAUUCAUUUUAAUUCCAUUUGGCGUGAUUUUCAAUGUACUAUAGAGUUUGAUUUAUAUAGAUGCAUAAAUUUUCUUUCUGUAUAAAACACGUACAGAUAUUUUAACUGUUUAAAUUUAGAAAUCGUCUUUUUUAUUUUAUUCGACGUGCUUUUAAAGCUGCAGCUGUAAUUCAAUGAUUUUUUUUAUGUAACGCAUAGUUU